UGCCCACAAACCAACCCAGCGCGCUAACGCGUCCAACUAGAGAGCGUGACGUGAUUGCGUUGUCAAUACGCGUGCGCGCUUGGCUCUUCCCCGGUGGGUAGCAGCUUUGCGAACUGCUCCUUGACUAGCACUUCCCAAGAUGGCGGCCUGCGGACGUGUCCGGAGGUUGUGGUACUUGUGUGUAAUCACUGGGCUGAUUCUGCUCGGCUCCACGGGCUCCAGAGCGCAGCCCGCUUCGCUGGAUGGAGCUCCUGCCGCGGUUCCGGUGGGGGGUGCUGCAGCACAGCCUGUGGCCUCGCAAGCUCGUAGACUCCCAGGCUGGAAGCUUGCAGAGGAGGAGGUCUGCAGGGAAGACGUGACCCGCAUCUGCCCCCGACACACCUGGAACAAUAAUCUGGCGGUGCUGGAGUGUUUGCAAGAUGUAAGAGAGACUGAUAAUGAAAUUUCUUCCGACUGCAACCAUCUCCUGUGGAAUUAUAAACUAAACCUAACAAAGGACCUUAAAUUUGAGUCUGUUGCAAAAGAAAUCUGCAAGUCUACUCUGUCCAUGCUGACAGAAUGUGCAAAUGAGACUCCAGGGAAGGGAUAUAUAGUUUCCUGUCUAGUUGAUCACCGUGUUAAUAUCACAGAGUACCAAUGUCACCAAUAUAUCACCAAGAUGGCUGCUAUUAUCUACAGUGACUACCGACUUAUCUGUGGAUUUAUGGAAGACUGCAAAACUGAAAUAGAUGCUUUGAAAUGUGGCAGUAUCAGACCUGGUGAAAAAGACCCACAUUCUCAAGGAGAAGUUGUGUCCUGCCUUGAGAAAGGAAUAAUUAAGGAAGCAGAGGAAGCAAACACUCAGAUGCACAUUUCUGAUAAAUGCAAGCAGGCCAUUUUGCGAGUGGCAGAACUUUCUUCAGACGACUUUCAUUUAGACCGUCACCUUUACUUUGCUUGUCGUGAUGACCGUGAACGGUUCUGUGAGACUGUCCAAGCUGGAGAAGGCAGAGUCUAUAAGUGUUUAUUCAACCACAAGUUUGAGGAAUCCAUGAGUGAACGGUGCCGUGAUGCUCUUACCACAAGACAAAAGCUGAUAGCUCAAGAUUACAAAAUCAGUUAUUCGUUGGCAAAGUCCUGUAAGGCUGAUCUAAAGAAGUACCGAUGUAAUGUAGAAAAUCACCCUCGUUCACGAGAAGCACGACUUUCCUAUCUACUGCUGUGUCUAGAAUCUGCUGUUCAUAGAGGUCGCCAAGUGAGCAGUGAGUGUCAGGGAGAGAUGCUGGAUUACAGACGUAUGCUUAUGGAAGACUUCUCUCUGAGUCCAGAGAUCAUUCUCAGCUGUCGAGGCGAGAUUGAACACCACUGCUCUGGUCUACAUAGAAAGGGACGGACUUUGCAUUGCUUGAUGAAAGUGGUGCGAGGAGAGAAAGGCAACAUUGCAGAAAAGUGUCAGCAAGCACUCCAAACACUGGUACAGGAGACAGACCCGGGAGCUGAUUACCGCAUUGAUCGUGCUCUCAAUGAAGCUUGCGAGUCUGUCAUUCAGACUGCCUGCAAACAUGUCCGUUCAGGAGAUCCCAUGAUCCUGUCCUGUCUCAUGGAACAUUUGUACACUGAGAAAAUGGUGGAGGAAUGUGAGCAUCGCUUACUGGAACUACAGUACUUUAUUUCUCGUGACUGGAAACUUGACCCUAUCUUAUACCGCAAGUGUCAGGGUGAUGCCUCUCGUCUAUGUCAUGCCAACUCUUGGAAUGAGACCAGUGAGAACAUGCCAGCUGGUGCAGUUUUUUCUUGCUUAUAUCGACAUGCUUACCGUACCGAAGAACAAGGCAGAAGGCUAUCACGUGAAUGCCGUGCAGAAGUACAACGCAUCCUACAUCAACGUGCCCUAGAUGUGAAACUGGAUCCUGCCAUGCAGGCCAAAUGCAUGACUGACCUGGGAAAAUGGUGCAGCGAGAAGACAGAGAGUGGUCAAGAACUGGAGUGUCUCCAGGAUCACUUAGAGGAUCUCAUUGUUGAAUGCAGGGAAAUUGUUGGAAACCUGACAGAAUUGGAAUCUGAGGAUAUUCAGAUAGAAGCCCUUUUGAUGAGAGCCUGUGAACCAAUAAUCCAGACAUUCUGCCAUGAAGUGGCUGAUAACCAGAUAGACUCGGGGGAUCUCAUGGAAUGUCUGAUACAGAACAAGCACCAAAAGGAGAUGAAUGAGAAGUGUAUUGUGGGGGUUACCCACUUUCAGCUAGUGCAAAUGAAGGAUUUUAGGUUUUCCUACAAGUUUAAGAUGGCAUGUAAAGAAGAUGUAUUGAAACUGUGUCCCAGUAUAAAAAAGAAGGUCGAUGUUGUAAUAUGCCUCAGCACCACUGUUCGUAAUGACACACUGCAAGAAGUUAAAGACCAUCGUGUCUCCCUAAAGUGCCGCAAGCAGCUUAGGGUUGAAGAGCUAGAAAUGAGUGAGGAUAUUCGCUUAGAACCAGAGCUCUAUGAAGCCUGCAAAAAUGACAUUAAGGCACUCUGCCAGAGUGUACCUUAUGGAAAUGCCCAGGUAAUUGAGUGCUUGAAAGAGGCCAAGAAACAGUUGAGUGCCUCAUGUCAUAAGAAGGUUUUCAAGCUACAGGAGACAGAAAUGAUGGACCCAGAGCUUGAUUAUACUCUAAUGCGUGUUUGUAAGCAGAUGAUCAAGAGAUUUUGCAGUGACACAGAUCCCAAGAACAUUUUGCAGUGUCUGAAGCAGAGCAAAAAUGCAGAAACAAUGGACCCUAAGUGCAAGCAGAUGAUAACCAAGAGACAAAUAACGCAGAACACAGAUUAUCGUCUGAAUCCUGUGCUGCGGAAGUCUUGUAAAGCUGACAUACCUAAAUUCUGCCAGAAUGUUCUGAACAAUGCCAAAGAUGAAAUGGAAUUUGAAGGAAAGGUUAUCUCUUGUCUGAAAGUGAAAUAUGCAGACCAGCGUUUGUCACCUGACUGCGAGGAUCAGAUUCGUGUGAUAAUCCAGGAAACUGCCCUUGAUUACCGACUGGAUCCACAGCUGCAGGUUCAGUGCUCAGAAGAGAUAAAUAUCAUAUGUGGAGAGGAGGCAGCAGCGCAAGAGCCCACUGGGCAAGUGGAGGAGUGUUUGAAAAUGAACCUGCUUAAAAUCCAGUCUCCUGGUUGCAAGAAAGAAGUCCUAAACAUGCUUAAAGAAAGCAAGGCAGAUAUUUUUGUUGACCCAGUUCUGCACACAGCCUGUGCACUCGACAUAAAGCAUCAUUGUGCUGCAAUUCCUCCAGGAAAAGGACGCCAGAUGUCAUGUUUGAUAGAAGCUUUGCAAGAUAAAAUGGUAAGGUUGCAACCUGAAUGCAAGAAGCGCCUGCAGGACCGAUUAGAUAUGUGGAGUUAUGCAGCCAAGGUGGCCCCAGCAGAAGGCUUUUCUGAACUGGCCAUGCAAGUCAUGAAUUCUCCAUCCAAAAACUACAUCUUGUCAGUCAUCAUGGUUGGGGUGUGCGUGCUCUUCUUUGGAGGUCUGUUCUGUGGUCGAAUCACUAAGAGGGUCACACGAGAGAUGAAGGACAGAAAGAGAGUAUAUCUUUGAGGAAACUACAUCUCACAAGACUUAAUGAAACCAUUCUGUUCUUGCCACAUCAGACAUCUCAGCCUGAAGCUACCUUUUGCUUUUGACUUCAACCUGCUUAAAUUCCCAUAACAUGCUGAGCCCUAACACCCAGGACUGCAACUUUUUUUUUUUAAUUACUAUUAUAAGGGAUAGGGAGGCAUUGUGGGUCCCAUCCAGCCAUACCUCUUCUCUUUUAAGAUUUUAGGGUAACUACUUUAUUAUGACAGGUAUGUCUUACAGUUUCAGUACACUGGAGCAUAAACCUGCCCUAAAAUGGGAGAGAUAACCGAUGUCAAAUAAGUACAUUUUUACAUUGUGUUUUUGGGUUUUUUUGUAAAUUUUUUUCCUCUGUACAAAUCAGAAAGUCUUUCUCUUGUUCAUGCUGUGUCAUUGAUAUGUUAAUGAUGUUCUGGGCAUAAUGUGCUUUUUUUCUGUACAGACAAAAUGGAAAGUUUAAUAAAAAAUUAAAAUGCUUCA